UAGUUCCACUUCCCCGCGCGUGGCCUUUACAAACGUCCUGCAGCCUCUGCAAAUCCCUCUCUCUCUCUCUCUCUCGCUCGAUCAGUGCCAUCGCCUCGAGCAGCUUCAUUUUCUUGGUUAUCGUGGUUACACGACGUCGUUCUGGCCGGUUCUAUCCCUUUUUUCCGUUUCCGUUUCGCGGUUUUUGUGCUGCUUCCUGUUCUGUUUCCAUUUUUCUUCUUUGAUUCUCCUUGUGCUCGUUUCUUUGGCUCUGUUAACAUUGUGUUGGCUGAUUCUGAAUUUGUGUUUCUUCCUGGCCUUUGCGUGUCGAAGAUGAUGUGCCUCCCUGACUCAGAAACUGGGUCAGAACGACUCAGGGGAAUUACCGAUUGGGGGCUGUUUUUUGUGGUUUUGGCUUUGUCACUUCGUCGUCCUCUACUGUCUGCCUCUUCCACUUUAACUUUCAAUUCUCAGUCCACUUUUUGAUUUCUCUGAAACUCCCUCCUGCGAUUCCUUGUUUUCUUGUCUGCAGGUCCCAUUUCUCAAUUAUUGUACGCCUUUCCAUUUUUUCUCUACCUUGUUUCUUUUGCUUUCCUCAUAAUCUUCCAUUUGCUGCUUGUUUUGUAUUGUUUCUGUGAACCUGUUUUAUUGAGCUACAUACCCAUUUUUGUACUCCCUUCCUGUUUGAAGGGUUAGAGUGAGUUUUUGGGAUUGUUUGAAGAAUGAAGAACUUCUUGUAUGAACUAGGCCAGGUGGGUUGUGAGAUUGAGGAGGGAUUUUCUUGGUAGACUGAAGAACAUCAAGUCAAGAGCUGGGGGUUCUGACUCUGUUAGAGAUUAAUGGAAAAUACAGGAAGAACAUCGUCUUGUUUAGCUAUUUCAGAGAAGAAGACACAGAAGCCUGGUGGGUGUAUUGGCAUUUUCUCCCAGCUCCUUGAUUGGAACAGGAGAUUGGCUAAGAAAAAGUUCUUCUCCAUGAAAUUGCUUCCUCCAGCUCGUUCAAAACAAGCAACCAAGAAAUUCAAAGGAGGUGAUAAGAUGCUGGCUUCCAAGAAUCAUUUGAUCGCCGAUGAAAAUAGAGGCGGUUUCCCAAAUGUCAUGAAGAAUGGAAACCACUGUACUGAUAGAGAGCACAAGAAUGAAAUGAGAGCACCUGGUCUGGUUGCAAGACUCAUGGGGCUUGAAUCCAUGCCUGUUAUGAAUCGAGAUAGGCCAAAGAAAACUGAUUCUUCCAAUCCUUGUGAUAAUGUGGAAAAGAAAAUAGUUCGGGAUAUGAAUUUGGGAACCCCCCCAAGUGCUAAAAUUGAAGCAAGGCCUCUAAAGCUUCGAAAAACUGGGCUGGAGGAGGGAAAGGUAAUGAGACGGAUAGGCGCUGAGGUAAUGCAGUAUAAGAGUGUUAUGUCACGAUCGAGGAAGCGUCUUCCUCCUCCAAAGUUUCUUUCAUCAGCCAAAAGUCCAAGGCUUCCCUCGGGGAGGAACGCCUCGAAAGCAUCCCGGUUAAUUGACGUUGCUAGUAAAAUAUUGGAGCCUGGCCUGCUGGCAUCAAACAGAGCAAAAUCUGCUAUCACACUUCCUAAGUCUAUGCAUUGUUCUCCUAAUGAGGUUACAUCAAGGGACGUUGGAGUUGUGCUAUUGGAAGGUUGUGAUUCGUCGAAAACCUUCAUCGAACAUACGUCGUGUAAAAAUUGUUGUACAUUGCUGAAACCUCCACCCCUCAGUUCAACUUAUGGUAAUGCCUGUUUGCAGGAAUCAAGGAGUAAAGCAAUAACCCUUGAAUUACCCCUCCAGCAACAAAGAACACCUCUGAUGAAACAUAAUGAAUCUGAGGGCUGUAUAAUAUCCCGUGUCGAUUCUGUUGUAGAAAGAAUGCCUCUGCACAAUGAAUCGCCAUUCUCAUCGUCCAGACCGUCCAGCCAACAAUUCAAGCUUGGGAAAAAUGAAUCAUCUAUUGUCAAGCAUCACAAUCGAUCUGAAGAUCAUAUGAUGUCGGUCAGGGAUAGGAUGUUACCGAAGUCGAAGUCGAGUAUUCCACAGAGCAGAAGAACCACAUCGCCUGCAAAUGCUGUUGCUGGGACCAAAAAUUUUGUUUCAUUAAAUCGAAAUCUUAAUGGCUGCAACAGAGGGAAGCUGCCUGCUAAGGUGGAAAAUUGUAAGUUUGGCCUAGAAAAGAGGUCUUUGAAUGGAGGUGAAGACUUCUCAUCUCAGGCAGGUACCUCACCAAGGAAAAGGAGGACUACACACUUAAGUGGGCGAAUCGAAAGCAAAGCUUCUGUUGAUUCACCUGCUGCAAAACAACGAUCCUCUCAGUAUGAUCAAUUGUCUAGAUCAAGUUCAAGGCUCGAACGCAAAACUCUCCCUACAAAACAGCCAUGUGCCAGUAAUAGAUUAUCAGGUCGUAGAGACGCUGCUGAUAGAGUUUGCAAAAGGAACAACGACAUUGCUUCGUUCAUCAUUAAUUCGCCCGUUAGGCCGAAUACUACAGUUUCAACAGAGAUGAAUGUGAGUGUGGGAAAUGAGAGAAAUAUGUCUUCCCAAAAGCCAUCCUUGUUAGGAGGAGAUGCCUUAGAUAUCCUGGAACAAAAACUAAAGGAACUAACUUCUCAAGGAGAUGACGAGUUGAUAUUGAAGAAACCCGCUUCUAUAAUCAUUCAGGAACUGAUAGCUGCCGUAGCAGCUGCUCGGAAAGUUUCUUCGGAGGGUUCUGCUGUCAAUAUGGAUGUAACAUCCUGUGAUGAUUCGAAUGAAGAAAGGCUCACAAAAACAUCCGAUGGGCGAGAUCGUCUUAGCCCUGGUUCCAUUCUCGAAGCUUCGUUCUCGUCCAGUAGCAUGGAUGAGAGCUCAGGAUGUAGACUGCCAGCCGAAUCCGUUGAUUGUUCUAUCGAUCAGUCGCAACUGUCUGAUCCCGAAACCGAUCUUUUCGAUUCUGCAAACUCUUUGAGCGAGGGGAAUGUUGGGAGCGAAAGCUACAACCUUACCGCAGGUAGUAAGGUUGCUCAUGCAAACGAGGUUAUGCUGAACGCCAAAAUUUUAUUUGGCAAGGAAGAAGACAACCUUUUCAUCGACGAACUGGAUACAUUCAUGUGCGAAACGUGGACGAACUUCAGUGAUGUCAACAAGGAGGUAAACCAUCAAAGAGGGUUCCUUUUCGACUGCGUGAUAGAAUACUUCGACUCGAAACAUAGCCAGCUCUACUACUGCAGACCCAACACUUGGAUAAGAACAUCCCCAGCAGCUCCAAACGCAAGAACAUUAAUCCAGGACAUCAAGAAGGAGAUCAAAAAAUGGGGAGAUUUUGUUGGGAUGAUGACCGAUGAGAUAGUAGAAUGGGAAAUGAGUAAUUCCGUGGGGAAAUGGAGUGAUUUUAGCAUUGAAGAACUGGAGAGUGGCGCUGACAUUGCUGGGGACAUACUUAAAAUAUUGGUUGAGGACACUGUAACAGAGCUUUGGGAGUGCAGAAAUGGGUGAUUUUGAUUGUCUUGGUUUCAAUUUUUUGUGUACAAAAUGGAUUAAGGUUAAAAGUGUUCAUUGUUCUUGACUAACCUUGUAAACAGGCUUUGCUAAUUGCACAAAACGCCCUAAUCUUUGCAGCAA